CACAUGCUCUUUCAUACGGCCAGCUCUCGACUCCUUCCCCACGUGCUGGAUGAUGGAAACGAGGGCAGUGAUCUGCAACACGUGCUGCCACCAGUAGGUGUUUAUGACAGGGUUACAGGCAGCCGAGUUCUUGUUACUGACACUUCCUUGGAGACCUCCUUCCUGCAACGACUCCCUGCGUAGAUAUGUUAUUUCCCACAGGAAUGGCAAAUCCAGGGAACAGAAACAGAUGCAGGAUAGCCACAGACUGGAUCGGCGAAGCUCAGCUCCUCAGGCUGAACCUGUCUGUACUGAGCUCAUGUGGCAUCCCUGCCGUAUGUGUAUGCACCUGGGGCCAACCACCCAAAAAGCACACAGAAAAGAGGCUGAGGUUGUCAAUGAACUUCAUCCUGGGCAUUUAUUCAGGUACUAACAAGGGAGUUAAGCUCUUCACGAAGUGUUAGAUUUGGCUAUAAAUUCAGAAGAGACCACAAUGGUCAUCUAAUCAGGAUUUUUAGAUAAAAUGUCCACUCUAGGUUUAAAAAUGGCCACAUGAGGAGGAUUCCAGUGAUUCACUACCUGCACGCUGAAGGACAUGCAACAUUUUUGGAGUUAGACUUUGCUAGUGCCACCUUGCCCAGUCACUGCCUUGCCUGACAGCCUGAAGAUCCCUGUACCACUGACUGUCUGUUCCCAUUCACGUUCUUAGAGGCUAGGAUGAAGCUAGUGUUGAACUUCCUCUUAAUACCGAGAAACAUUCCCUGAAUAUAUCACUCCAGAGCAUGUUUUCCAAAUCCUUAAUUACGUUUUAUGGGUCUUCCCUGAGCCUUAUCCAACUUAUCAACACUCUUCCCAAACUGUGGGAAGCCAAACUGCAAACAGCUUUCCUAUGGCUGCUGCCAUAGGGCAAUAACACCCUAUAGAUGUAAGAUGACCUGACUGCACAACGCUUCCCUGGACGGCACACAAAAGUACAGCAUGUAUCUGAGAAUCCCACCUUCGGGCAGGUACAGGCAGAAACCGAGCUGAUGGAGCCUUACGCCACAGCUGUGAUACCACAGUCCCAUGGGGCGACUACAACACGUGUACGACAUCAGCUUGAAAAUGCAAGGCCGGUGACAACCCAUUCCACCCCAGAAUGAAGUCAGAUCAGCCGAGCAGUGGUUGGCUGAGCCCCCUCUGAGGUCAUAAUCCCACGAUUUGGGAACAACAGGCUUCAAAAAAAGGCUAUUUUUACGGGACUUGCCUCCUGUAACACCACAGGACGGAGCGGAGCAAGGGGUGAACCUAGUGUCCACCUGUCCCCAAGGCACACAGUGGCAGCGGGUGUCCAGUUGUGUCUGGAAGCUGGACACCCCCAGGCUUCAAAUCCUUGGUGGGAGAGAGGCAUCAGGCAACUUCCAAACAGCCUCACCUCACUUCUGAGAUGGUGGACUACUACAAAGCCCUUGGACUGCAAAAAAACGCCUCCCAGGAUGACAUUAGGAAAUCCUACCGCAGACUGGCACUACAAUGGCAUCCUGACAAGAAUUCCAGCAACAAGGAGGAAGCCGAAAAGAAAUUCAAAGCUGUCGCUGAGGCAUACGAGGUUUUGUCUGACCCUCAGAAACGGUUGCUGUAUGACAGGUCUGUUAAGGAGAGCAGAUCCCACAGAGCAAGAAGUCCCUCGAUGGGCCAUAACAGCUUCUUUGAUGCCACUUAUGUAUUCCAAGACCCCAAUGAGAUCUUUAGGGAUUUCUUUGGAGGGAUGGAUCCCUUUGUGGAUGUUUUCUGGGACCCAUUUGACAACAUCAGAAACGGUGAUGAAAACAAGCACGGUCCAAGUGGAAGAGGAAGCUGCUCCCAUUUGUUUUCUGACUUCGUGCAGUCUUUCAUGCCAUUUAAUCCAUUCAGCCCCAGUGAGCAGCCCACCUUCUCCUUUGCUGAGGACAUGGCUGAGCCACACAGUUUCAGGUCAGUCUUAACCACUACUGAAGGGAUCAACGGCAAGAGGGUCACCACCUGGAAAAUCAUUGAGAACGGGCAGGAGAGAAUAGAAGUAGAAGAAGAUGGCCAUUUGAGGUCUGUGACGAAAAAUGGAAGAGACCACCUGAAAUUAUAAUGUCCCCCAGCACAUGUAUCAACUGCAAGCUGUGGGACAUGCCCUCAUUGCUCAGCAGAUGGGAUCUACUAUGAGCAGUAUUAAUAAAUGCUGAGUUCAUGACA